ACACCUUUUCCAAAAAAAGUAUUAGUCUCUCCUCCAUCUUCUCCCUAUUUAUCCAACUCCUUAAUCAAAUCUCUUCUUGCUAAUCAAAUCUUAAUUACAUGUAAUAAUGGAAUUAUAUCAUGUAAUAUGGGAGUAUAUUAAUAUAUCAGGAAAACCAGUUAGAGCAGUGAUGUGCUUAUUGAUGCUACUUGUAUUUCUCCAACAUGUAUUAUUCCCAUUUUUAAUUUUUAGCUUCUUUUAUAUUUGGAGCUCAAUUAAACAAAUUAAGUUAAUUUAUAUCAUCUUUAAUUUCAUCAUCCUUUCAAUCCUUAUUAUUUCUUCUUUAACCAAUAAUCCAUUUCUCAAACCACAUAAAAAAUACACCAAAUUAGAAAAACCCAUGUAUAAUAUUCAUGAUUAUGAUCAUAAUGAUCAUGAUAAUGAUGAUCAUGUGUACUCAUCAUUGAAGCAAAAAGUAGAAGCAUCUUGUGUUGAUGAUGAAAAUAAUACCUUCUGGACUUUAUUCUCUUCCUUAAUAGAAAAUGAACCUGUUUUCACUACAACAGUAAAAGAAAAGAAUGAAACGGCGUCGUUUCCUGCAGAACCACUACUAAAAGACUGUCUCAACAAGAACAGUAAUAGUAGUAUAUUUUCAUCAGAAAAUCUGGCACAUGUACAUCCAGAACCAGAAUGUAAGGAAACAGAUCAGGCUCAUGAAAAGGCCCUUGGAUUAGAAACAAAGACGACGUCGUUUAGAGUAGCUAAGCCUGAAGUGGAAGAAGAAGAGGUAGUAGACAAAAAAGUAGUAGAAAAAGAAGAAGACAACAGCUUGGAAGCAACAUGGGAAGCAAUCAUGGGGUCAAAAGAAAAGGGAAGUGGGCCCCAUUUGAAAAAAAGUGAAACAUGGAGUAGUGGUGAUAAGAAGAAAGGGGGAUUAAGCAAGUAUAGAGUAAAGGUUGAGUUGAAGAAAUGGCAUAGUUUUAGAGAUAUGAUUGAAAGAAGAAAUAAUUAUGAUGGACUACAAACUCCUCAUGAAAAGUCAACGCAUGGUAGAGCUUGGAGUUCUAUGGAAAUGGCGGCGUUGACUUUUCAUGAUGAGUUUAAGAAAAGAGCUGAUGCUUUUAUUGCACGUUUUACACAUGAUAUUCGUCUUCAGAGACUUGAGUCUCAUCAACGUUUCUUGGACACCAUUAAUCGUGCUCUUUAAUAACUAGGGUUAAUCUUUUUUUCUUGACUACACAAAUACAAAUGUAGGGUAAGAUUUGUCUCUUUUCCUAUAUCUUUCUUUGUAAGCACGAUUAGUAUACCGAGUUGUGUGUUCAGUGUAUAUCAGUCAUCUUGGUAUUUGGAUAUAAGUCUUAUAUGAUAUUAUAUGUUUAGUGUAAAUCAGUUACGAUACAUCAUCUUCACUCUGUAGGGGCGGUUUAUACACCGAGUUGUAUUAUAUAUACCAAGUUGUAUGUUUAGUGUAAAUCAGUUAAAAAUUUAUCUUGGUAUUUGAAUAUAUGAGUCUUAUAUGAGAUUGUAUGUUCAGUGUAAAUCAGUUACGAUCAUGUUCACUCUGCGCUCUGUGGGGAGGCCUUAUACACCGAGUUAUAUGUUCAGUGUAAAUUAGUUUAGGUCAUCAAUCUUAUAUGAGAUUGUAUAUGUGUGAAAGAAUAGAUUUAAAGAUAUAAAUGACGAGACCUUAAAGUUGAAUAUAUUGUAAUAUAGAGUAU